UAGUAGUGGCGGGCGGGUGAGUAAACCUGUCUCGCUGUCUGGGCUGCCCACUCUCGAUCUGCGUAUAUAUAUAAGAAAGAAACCCUACGUAUGCUCAGACAGCGACAUGUAUCUGAAGGCGGUAUUCUGUCUCCUGGGAGUUUUGGCACUGAAAACUAAUGCUUCGCGGCGGGUUGACACGUCGCCUGUCGUAACGACUGUCCAAGGGGCUCUGAGAGGAAGUGUUAUAAAGUCGCGCCUUGGGAGAUCCAUUUAUUCCUUCCGAGGUGUUCGUUUCGCUGAGCCACCGGUUGGAAAUCGAAGAUUUCAGCCUCCAGUACCAUUAGAGUCUUGGCAGGGAAUUCGUAAUGCAACUGAAGAUGGCGCUUCAUGUCCUCAGCCAGAAAGCACCUAUUUUGUUCCAACAUCUGAAGACUGUUUAUUUCUGAAUGUAUUCACAACAAAGUUACCUGCAGGACAUCAUAAUCCCAACAGAGCAGUUAUGGUGUACUUUCACCCUGGUGGAUUUUAUGGGCAAACUGGACAUAGCAAGUUGUUUGGGCCACAAUACAUCAUGGAUCACGAUAUUGUUCUUGUGAUAACUAAUUACAGACUGGGAGCUUUAGGAUUUUUAAGCACUGGAGAUGACGUACUUCCUGGUAACUAUGGAAUGAAAGACCAAGUGGCAACACUACUCUGGGUGAAACAGAAUAUUGCAGCAUUCGGUGGCAAUCCUGAAAGCGUCACUAUUGCAGGCUACAGUGCUGGCUCUAUCAGUGUUAUGUUGCAUAUGGUGUCACCCAUGUCAGAAGGUCUGUUCCAUCAAGGCAUAGCUAUGAGUGGCUCUUCAUUUCCAAAGCAAAUAUCAGAAUUUAAUCCUUUCCCACUUGCAAGCAGACAAGCUGCUCUGCUAAAUUGUCCAACAGAUACUUCACAACACAUUAAGGAUUGCCUCUUGAAGAAAGAUGCUCAGGAAAUAGCUAGUUCCUUGUUUGGAUUAACUGAAUGGGCCAAUGAACCAAUUUCAUCAUAUUUCCCAGUAAUUGAACGAGUCACGCGUGGUGAAAGAUUCUUGGAAGCUAAUUCAACAGAUCUUUUCCUAUCUGGUAAAUUUGCUCAAGUACCUUUAAUCACUGGAAUGACAAAGGAUGAAUUUUCAUACAAAGCACUACCUGUCAUUCUAAACUCAUCUUGGGCUGAGGAUAUGGAAAAUAACUUUGAUUACGUGGCUCCAAUAGCAUUUGGAUAUGAAAGGGACACAGAGCGAUCUCGGGUGAUAAGUCAAGAACUCAAAAGAGUCUUCUUAAAGGAUCAACCCUUGACCAAUGCAUCUCUUUCAGACUUAGGAGACUUAUUUUCAGAUGCAAUAAUUCGAUUUCCUGAAGACAUAGCAUCAAAGCUUAUAUCUCGUCUGAGCAGUGCACCCCUCUAUUACUAUAGAUUCUCAUACCAAGGCCGUUACAGCACUGUAUACCGUCCACAGACAAGUAUUCCAUAUGGAGUUGUUCAUCACGAUGACCAAAUGUACUUAUUCUUCAUGUCUGCAAUAGUACCAUAUUUUACACCUGAAGAUCCAGAAACUAAAAUUGUGGAAAGACAAACAAAGAUGUGGGCAAACUUCAUCCAAACAGGAAACCCAACUCCUGAGAAGUCUGAUCUGUUUGACAACGUAAUAUGGCAAGCACUAACUCCUACAAAACUUGCCUAUCUGGAUAUUAACUCACAUCUGAAGAUGAAGGAGGGCCUGCUUCAAGAACGUAUGGCAGUUUGGGAACGUCUCUUUCCACUGCCCACAUUACCUCAGUCAUCAAACAAUAAUUCACAGAAAAAGGGUUGAAGAAAUUAUACCAAUCAUAGACACUAAUCCCCAACAUAUAAAUUUACUAAUACACUGUAUCAAUAUUGUAUUUUCAUCACUGGUAAGUGAGAUAAAUGCAAGAGGCAUAGUGGCACAAAUAGCAUUUUUUUUCAUUUAAAACAUAACAUUUGUUUACUGUACUUAAAAAGCUUAAUAAACAUAUGAUAUUCCUAAAUGGACUACUGAUGAAAAGUUACAGUUAUGCCUUUGUUCAUGAUCUUCAUGUGUGAAUUGAAUAACAUUUUAUUCACCAUUUAGGGAAUGGAUAAAGUGGCAGAGGGCAGGCUGUCUUGCCACUCAUUUAUCUGUAAGUUUACUCAGCCACCGUCACUUGUAAGAUCAUCAAGCUGUGAGAUCACACACGCAGUCUUUAUAUUGAGCCAGUUUAUAAAUUCUAUAAUAUAAACAUUAAAAGACAGUUUUGGCUAAGUAAUGAUGUUUUUCAUGCCUGCGUUGUUUUAUAACUCCUAACUGUAAAUUACUUAUAUUUGCAUGAAAUAAUUAAAUUAAAACUCAGAUUGUCA